GAUGUAAACACGUGCCACAAUCUGCGUCCAUCGUGAUGAACCGGUUGAGCAACUUAACUUGUGGCGUUUUACACACGCAUCAACAUGAGCAUGACUGCACGAUGAAACUGAAAGGCAGUAGGUUUAUUUACAGGACAACCAUAUUGCAGUGCCCCAGAUUCACCAUCGAAGGAUUUUCCAGAUUUACUUCAAGAGAAGCUUGAAUACGCCUGUCGUUAAUGUAGAUGACUUGGUUGUAAAGAGUAAACUGCACAAUGACGCGCUACGCCCGAGGAAAUAAAGGGAACAGGAAAAGGCCUCAUGAAGCUUCAUCUUGGAGCGAUCUUAAAACUGAAGAUGCAAAUCAUCAACAGCAGAAGACUAAAGAUAACGGAGACGACACACCCAAAGGGAAAGAUCAAACAUCCGUUAAGACUUCAAAGAGAAGGAAGCAGAAGUCGAAGCUGAGAGACAAAGGGAUUUCUUUGGACGAACACAAGAGCAUCUUAAAGAAACCUCAAAAAAGCAAGGGUGAUGAACUUCAACAGGAAGGAACUGGUAGUCUCCAUUCAAGCUUGAGUGAGAGACUAACCUCUUGGAGUGACGCCAAAUCUGCUGAGGAAACUGAGCGAAAACUUGAAACGGACAAAAAGAAAGAUAAACGAAGAGAAGAACGGCGAUUGAAACGGAUCAAGAAAAAAUCCAAUAAGAUGGUGUGUUAUCAUUGUCGUGAGGCUGGCCAUGGCGUUGCUGAUUGCCCCAAGAUGUUACUUGAUGAAGAGCAAGGCACAGGAAUUUGUUUCCGAUGCGGUUCCACUGAGCACGAAGCUAGCAAAUGUACAGCCAAAGUGGAUCCCUCCAAGGGUGAUUUUCCGUUCGCAAAGUGCUUCAUCUGCCAAGAGACGGGUCAUUUAUCCAACAGCUGCCCUGAUAACCCACGCGGCCUCUACCCGCUAGGAGGAAGUUGCAAGCAUUGUGGGUCCGUAGAGCAUCGGAAUCAACACUGCCCUCACGGUCUUGAUGCGCAGAAACAGACAUCAGAUACCACCUUGCCUACGCUCAGUAGCACACUCAGCUGGAGUGCAGACGCCGAGAUUGACGAAAUCAAACCAAGACCAACGACUGCCAGACAGCCGAUCCAGAAAACUCCCAAAAUAGUCAAAUUUUAAAACUUGACACAUGUGACGAGGAAAUAAGUGCCAGUUUGUUUUGAAAAGUUAAAGUGGUGGUGAAGUCUGUCACAAGCCAAUGUGGCCCAUCAGGUCAGCGUUUAUCUCCGGUCUCCUAGGCAUGAAACGACCGAGGAUAUGUCUA